AUGGUUUACAUUGCCCCUGCCGACUCCAACGGUGAGGGUGCUGUCUGGACCAAGCUCUACGAGGACGGUCUUACCAACGGCAAGUGGGCUGUUGAGACUUUCAUCACCAAUAAGGGUCAGAUCACCAUCACUCUUCCUGACCUCGCCGCUGGCGAGUACCUGAUCCGCCCUGAGAUCAUUGCUCUCCACGAGGGUAACCGCCAGGGUGGUGCCCAGUUCUACAACGGUUGCGGUCAGAUUAAGGUCACUGGCUCCGGCUCGGCCUCUCUCCCCGCUACCGGCGUCGACAUGACCAAGGCAUACUCUGCCACUGACCCUGGUGUCCUUUUCGACAUCUACUCUGGUGCUACCACCUACGAGAUGCCCGGCCCUGCUGUCUGGGACGGCGCCUCCGGCUCCACUCCCUCCAAGACCGCCACCGCCUCGUCCGCCGCUGCCACAUCUGCUGCUGCCACCAGCGCUGCUCCUGCCUCUUCCGCUGCCGCCACCUCCGCUGCCGCUGAGGCCACCCCUGUUGCCAGCGACGCUGCUGCUCCUGCCCCUACAACCGGCUCCGGCUCUGGCUCCACUCUUCCUGAGGAAUUCACCAUCCAAGAGUUCAUUGCCUGGCUCAAGGAGACCACCGGCGCUACCGGUGCCUCCAAGGCCCGCCGUCACGCCCGCUCUUUCUUCGGUUAA